ACACAAGUCAGCCAAGCAAGCGCAAACCAGAGCAAACCACGUUGAGAGAUUCGAGAGAGAGAGAGAUUUAAGAGAGGGAGCAUUCACCAUUUGAUUAGCUCAUCCAACUUAUUCUUUUCCCAAGGGGUUCCCUGAGUUUCUGUAAAUUUUAAAGAUCACAAGAGAUACAACACUAUGGCCAAAGGAGUUGCAGUUUUGAACAGCAGCGAGGGUGUUAAGGGGACUAUCUUCUUCACCCAGGAAGGACAAGGUGUGACCACUGUCACUGGAACACUUUCUGGCCUUAAGCCUGGUCUCCAUGGUUUCCAUGUCCAUGCUCUUGGUGAUACCACUAACGGUUGCAUGUCUACUGGUCCACAUUUCAACCCUGAUGGUAAAACACAUGGUGCCCCAGAGGAUGCUACUCGACAUGCUGGCGACCUAGGAAACAUCACUGUUGGAGACGAUGGAACUGCCACCUUCACGAUCACUGACUGCCAGAUUCCUCUUACUGGACCAAACUCUAUUGUUGGAAGGGCUGUUGUUGUCCAUGCAGACCCUGAUGACCUCGGAAAGGGAGGCCAUGAACUCAGCUUGACUACCGGAAAUGCAGGCGGCCGUAUUGCUUGCGGUAUCAUUGGUCUCCAGGGCUAAAGCUGUUACAUUUCCAAAGAAGAGAUUGCUGUAAUAAGGAGGUCCAACGUUAGACCUGGGUUUGGUAAUGUGUGUGUAUCUUUCGGUGUGUGGCUAUAACUUCUGAGCUUAGUUGCUCAAAGCAUUUGUAGUUCAGACAGAAAACAGAGAAAAUUCCGUACUUUUACCAUUUUCUGAAUAAAAAGAGAGUUGGUUUAACA